UAUAUAUAAAUGGCACCCGAAAAAUAGACAAGCCCACAAUAUCCACAUUGGUCUCAUCAUCUCUAUUUUUCCCUUAAUAAGUCGCCCUCCUCCUUUUCUACACCGCUUGUUUUCGAUUUCCAAUAUCCCCAACUCAGCCCCUCACUGUUUAGUGCCUCAAAACUUUCUGGCUCUCUCUUGAGUGGUAAGGCUUACUCUUAUUUGGAAAGUUAUUUUAGUGACUUUCAAUUUAAUCGUUUUUAUAAGCAAAGAAGCAAAGAAAAGGUAAAAUCCAGUUGGGUUUUGUAUAAAUUCUCUCUGAAUUUCAUAAAGGCCCUGGAUUUCUUGCUUAAAAUGAAUGUAUGAGUAUAAAUAUCAAGGUUGGAUUGGAUUUGGGUGAGUUGGGAGAAGCAGAUGCAGAUUUUGGGUCGUUUUUGCUUGUUGGUUGUGUUUUGCUCUGUUUUUGAGAGGGUUUUGCAGAUUUUCUUGGGGAUUUUGGGCAUGGAGUGUGCUUCAUGUAUCAAGGUUUUGAGUCAAGGGAGUGAUUUUGGAUGUGGGUUUUUUAUGUUUGGCCGUUUCUCACCAGUUCUCAAUCUGUUGGGGCUGUUCUUGGUGUUUGUGUUGGGGUUAAAAGUUUUGCAAGUUGGCUGUCAUGCCAAGUGUUUGAUGGAAUUUUUAUGUGAUUUUAGAGGGAAAGCAAGUGAAGUGAGAAAUGGGUUUUGUUCAAAACGUGGUUUUGAUGAAGUUUAUGCUCCAAAAUCGUUGGAGAAUUCACAACCACUGAAUGCAGAUGGCUUGGCCUUCAGCAAAAAAAUUAAGGCGAAAGCUGCUGCAGAAGAUGAAGCUGAUGAUGAUGAUGCUGCCGGCGCUGCUGCUGAUGAUGAUGCUGAUGGUGAUGAGGAGGAAAGUAUUUGUUGCAAUGAGGAUGGAGAAUUUGAUGUUCUGGCAUUGAGAAAGUCAGUGAAGAUCGAGCGGCGAAAGACGAACGAGGCUCGUGCCGAGCUCGAGAAGGAAAGGAUGGCAGCUGCAUCUGCAGCCGAGGAAACAAUGGCCAUGAUCUUGCGUCUUCAGAAUGAGAAAAGCUGUAUUGAAAUCCAAGCCAAUCAGUACCGUCGGAUGGCUGAACAGAAGCAGCAGUAUGAUGAAGAAGUGAUUCAAUCGUUACAGUGGAUUAUAAUGAAGCACGAAUCCGAGAGGAGUCUAUUGCAAGAGCAACUGACGCUGUGCAACCAAAAGCUACAACAAUAUGCUGAGGUUGAUGAAAGGCGUCAACCCGAAGAUGGCGAUCCAAGCGCGAACGAUGGCAUGGAUGACAUGUUUGACGUCGAUUCAUGGGAGAGACCACAGAACCACAUUGUAGAUUCGAAUCUUUAAUAAAAUGAGGACUACCUUAUUACUUGGAAGUCCUGGAUAACCGGGAUGAUGCGCUCAAUGUGAAUAUAUGUUAAGCUAGUGAAUAAAUAUGAUCUACGAAUCUACGAUGACGUGGUUUGUAAAUGUUGUACAAAUAAUUUUCCUUUUUAUUUUUCCGAAGCACAUACUGAAUUAUGCAUUUAUAUAGCUUAA